CAGAGCCUCCUUUUGUCUGACGACCUUAUCCGGAGGAAGUGAAGCUCAGACGAGGCCGCUGACCGGAGGAGAAAAAAAAAACCAAGAGGGGGUAAAAAAAUAAAAAAAACUUGAUCGGUUUGCAGGAAUUUGGAGACGUAAGGAAACCGUGUCCAGAGCGUCCCGGCGCACAGGAGUUCCGGGCGGGGAGACGGACUCAUCGGUUCCGAAAUGAUGGAAGAUUCUCAUUUUAAUUCGUCAUAUUUCUGGUCCCCCAUCCCCACUGUGCCAGGACAGAUUGAGAAUGCCAUGUUCCUGAACAAGGUGAAGGAGCAGCAGGAAAAGAAUGCUUCCUUCCCUCCUUCAUCGACAUCCCACUAUCAGACAGCUCUUCUCACCAUCCCCACUUCUGGGGCCAAGACAGAUGGAGGAGGGCAGGCUGGUAGUGGGGCACACCUCCACCCUCCUCACAGCACCCAGAACAUCACAGUGCUGCCUGUCCCCUCCACGGGCAUCAUGACAGCAGCGGGUCUAGUCAUCACAACUCCUCAGGGAACGCUAGUCUCUCCCACCUCAUCUCAGUCGUUUGUCUCCGGUCAUCCAGCAACAACCAUGAUCGUGUCAGCACUCCAUUCGACAGACAAAAAAGAAGCGGAUGGAAUGUCCCACGUGGUCGUGAUGCCAGCGCCCUCGAAACGAGGCAGAAAGAAGAAGGUGACGACACUGUCCAGGGUCGGUCCUGGAAAUGAAACACUUGUACUGGCACAUCUCACAGCUGGUGGCCAGGUGGCAUCUUUGCAGCAUCACAGUGGAGACCCAUAUGACCUAAAUGAAGACGAAUACCACGGCCAGAAAGACAGCGCUAAGACGUACAGGUGCCGGAUGUGUGCGGCGACCUUCUUCAGUAAGUCUGAUAUGCAGAUCCACUCCAAGUCGCACACAGAGGCCAAACCUCACAAGUGUCCUCACUGCGCCAAGUCAUUCGCCAACUCCAGCUACCUGGCCCAGCACAUCCGCAUCCACAGCGGGGCCAAGCCUUACACCUGCUCCUACUGCCAGAAAUCUUUCAGGCAGCUCAGUCAUUUACAGCAGCACACACGGAAUCACACAGAGUCAAAGCCUCACAAGUGUCACCAUUGUACCAAGUCUUUUGCCAACUCUAGCUACCUGGCCCAACAUGUCCGUAUCCACACUGGAGUGAAACCCUACACCUGCUCCUUCUGUCAAAAGUGCUUCAGACAGCUCAGUCACCUUCAGCAACACAACAGGAUUCACACUGGAGAUCGACCGUACAAGUGCACUCAACCAGGCUGUGAGAAGUCCUUCACGCAACUCUCAAAUUUACAGUCUCACCGGCGUCAGCACAACAAAGACAAGCCCUACAAGUGCACCAACUGCAAUAAAGGAUACGUAGAUGCAGCGAGCCUGGAGGUGCACAUGUCCACACACACUGUCAAACACGCCCGGAUCUACUCCUGUGGUCUCUGCAACCGCACUUAUACCUCAGAGACGUAUCUGGUGAAACACAUGGAGAAACACAACCCAGACCAGUUGACUGCAUCAGCAGUCGUGGCAGCGCAGUCGGCACAACAGAACCAGAACCAGGGCCAGGCUGGAGCUCAGAACCGAGUAGAGAGCGCAGAUGGGGGAUCGAGCCGCUCUGGGGGAGCUGGAAAUGGAAGAGCGGGUGGAGGCCAGCAGGGACAGAGCCAGAGUAACUACCCUCAGACAGAAAACAUACCCUGUCCGUUUGACCUUCACCAGUAUAAGACAGUGUCUGCCAGUGACAUCCAGUACAAACCAGUCAGCGUGGCUGACCUUACUUCUCACAAGGACCUCUGUCUCACUGUGUCAGCAUCCACCAUUCAAGUAGAGCACCUCAACUCUUAGAGGUGAUGAAACGAGGGAGUGUGGGGGAUUUGGAAAUUAGAAAUAAUUCAAAAAUGCAAGAAAUGGAGGAUGGCGAGUCAAAGGAUAAAAGCAAUACUAAGGUGAAACAAGAACUUUGGAUCAUGUGACUGUGCCUGAACGAUGGUUUGAGGCAGACAGGACAAAUUAUAGUGGUGACACAGAAUACUGAAGGCUAUAAUUUUGAUUUAUUUUUUUAGUUUGUCUCUUAUUUUCUUUCUGCCUUGUUUGAUUUGUUUUCCUUUUGCUUAGCUGUCCUGUCUUAGUAUAAAAUGCAUGUAAAAGCUGCAAUAAAGUAUGAUUCAGUCCAUCACAGUGAUGGUUUUACAAUAGGAAGGGAGUCAAAGAAACAGUACUUCUGUUGUUUUAUCACCUCCUGCUCUUCCCUACAAACACAGCUUUGGCCAUAGCAAUUUAUGGUCUCUCUGUUAAUGAAACUGGCAGUUAACUGUGAAGGUAAAUUUUUAUACUUUCAUACAGUCAUUACAGUUUUUACUCGUGUCGUUACUGUUAUUUUGUUAUGUAAUAUACGGAUCCAAUUCAUUCUUUUUGACCUGAAAAGGGAUGUAGAGGUUAUUUCUUUUUAAGGAAGGAAAAAUAUCAAUCAAGUGUGUGAAUAUAUAUAUAUAUAUAUAUAUAUUUAUAUAUAUAUAUACACACACACUACCAGUUUAUAAAUAAUGAUAGUGUUUAAAUCCAUGGAACCUAUUCAGACCCAUUGACAGGCCUUCACAUGACAUUCAGGGGAGUAAUGUGCCAGUUCACGUUUCAUGUUAAUCUAUUGUACUGCUUUGUGUGUAUGUCCUAAAAGUUAUGUUACAAACGUGUACCUGCUAUUAUACUACCACAAUAACAUUUAUAAUACUUCUUUAUAGACAUACUGACACAUCUGACGUUUAUGGGGAUUUUCUGCUUUUAAUACAAUAAACCCUCUGAAAUUUUCUCAUCA